AUGCCUGGCGAUCCUCCGCCCAUGGCGGCUCACGCAGACAGGGAGAGCCUAGGGAUCUCCGACGACUACUCAGAUGAUGGAUUUCCACCCUCGCCGCCAGGCUACUCCUACAGAUUGAAUAGGUACACUCGUCCGCUCAUCGACUACGUGCGCAACGAAUGGCAAAUGAGCGCCAAAUACACCUCCCUCUCCGUUUCCCCCGACAGGUCCGACUCCCCGCGAUGGGUGCAGAUGUUCAUGUCUAUGGUGACGGCGCCGCGCUUUCGCCGAUACGCGAUUAUAUACCUGGUGCUCCUGGUGUCUUGUCUGGCGGGGUGGAUGUUUGUGCUCUCGCCACGGUUGGAGGAACACGAGGCGCUGUUGCACUCAUUGGACCCGUCGAUCAAGGACGAUGUGGGGGGCUGGUUUGGUACGAAUGCACUGCCGAGAUUCGACAAUAUCACGCAAUUGAGGGAUCUGGAUGCUUCGUUGUUGCCUGUCGUAAAGGCGCGGAAGGACGGACAGCCUAGCUCGCGCAGGUUGAUUUUCAUCGGGGAUGUGCAUGGCUGCAAGGAUGAGCUGGAACUCCUUCUUGACGAACUCUUCUUUGACCAGGAGCGCGACCACCUCAUCUUCGCCGGCGACAUGAUCAACAAGGGCCCCGACAGCCUCGGGGUCGUCGACCUGGCCCGCAAGUACAACGCCUCCUGUGUCCGCGGGAACCAUGAAGAUCGGGUGCUGCUGCUCCGCCACGACAUGGAGGCAUCGAAUACCCUCUCGCCGGACUCGGACGGCGGCAUCAGCCCAGACCUUUUCUUCGGGCUGAAGAAGAAGGAGCGCGCGCUUGCGCGCCAGUUGUCCAAGGAGCAGGUGCAGUGGCUUGACGCUUGCCCCGUCAUUCUGAACGUGGGCCAAAUCCCCGAAAUGGGACAGGUGGUCGUCGUGCAUGGGGGGUUGGUGCCAGGCGUGGAGCUCGACAAGCAGGAUCCCUCGAGCGUGAUGAACAUGCUGACCAUCGAUCUGGAUACGCAUGUACCUAGUUCGACGCGCCACGGAACGAAGUGGACCAAGCUGUUCAAUAAACAUCAGUCCCUGCUGUACUCUAGUCUGAAGGGUUCCGUGUUGGACCCAAAGGCGCAGUUUAUGACCGUCAUUUACGGCCAUGAUUCAAAAAGCUCCUUGUCCCUCAAGACGUACACCAAGGGUCUGGACUCUGGGUGCGUCAAGGGUGGGAAGCUUACGGCUAUGGUUGUUGAAGACGGCGGGAAGCAGAGCAUCAUCCAGGUGAGAUGUCGCGAUUAUCGGAAGGAGUAG